CUGGCAAGUCCUGAUUGGCCCAAUUUUUUUUUUGUUCAGGCCUUCCUAUGUUAUAGGGCUUUGGAAAGUAUCGUUAGUCGAUUCGCUGCGAGUGGUGAAGGGAAUGCUUGCGUGGUGGUCGGUAGAGGAGAAAGCGGACGCACAACCGUCGUGAAAAAUGCCAUAGAUGAGUUUGAGCUCAGCGCGAAAUUGCUGAUCGUUAGUGUAGCUCAGCUUGGAUCCGAAAAGAACACCCUACAAAUGCUAACAAAUGACAAAGACGUCAAGAGUUGUGUACUGAUAAUCGAGGAUGCUGACGAAUUGGCGACACGUCAACGACAGUCUUUGCUUUACCUUCUACUCGAUACAACACGAAAAGAUAGCGAUUAUCAGUGGCUGGUGUUUCUUAUGGUGCAAAAUCAGGUGUGGAUUUUUAGAUACUUACGUAUUGAACCUGAUAUCGUUGAGAGUGAAAUAACAUCGGAGAACCAGCAUAAGUCUGCAUCCAUCCAUCCUUGUCGUCGACGCCUUGAGCGUUCCCAGUGCUCUGAGCUAAAAGGAAAUCAUAGUUAUCAAUCCAGCCAUUUGAGCAUUUGA